AUGAAUUAAAUUGUCAGCUUUACUAUUAUUUAUAUAUUUAUUUAUUCUUAAAAAAUGAUUUUAUAUAUUUAUGACUAAUAAUGUACUAUUAAACGUAACAUUAGGUUAGAAUGAAGUAAAUAACCGUAGGUUAGAGUGAAGUAAAAUAGUUGUAUGUAUAUUAUACGUAACUUUCCCGUACUAUAUUGUACAAACAUUUUAUCCCACUGUUAUUAUACAAACAUUUUCCCACUGUUUAUUAUACAAACAUUUUCAAGAUUCUUUUAUUUUAUCCAAACUUAUCGAAAUUCUAUUUAUUAUCCCACUGUUACCCCACCGUUCGAGUUGGAAGUCAAUGUGGCGGUCUGAGAGGGCAUCUUUUUUAAUUAAAAAAAGGUAAUGUCUAUUUAUUACUCAAAUCUUUUCCAGAUUCUUUUAUUUUAGGGUUAAUAUAUUUGUAUGGCCUGAACUUUAACCAAAAUAAACAUCCUGACCAAUAUUUUCGAUCUAACAUCCUGGCCCGAACUAUACAUCAAAAUAACUAAUUUGGCCAGACCCGACGUUUGACCGUUAACUUGGACGGUCAAACGCGUUGACUAACGGCCAACACACCAGGUCAGUGUCAACUCAGCAUAAAUAAACUUAGGGGUCGUUUGGAAGUUGCGAUAGUUUUGUUGAGAUUGUCAUUAUGCAUGUAUUGUUUACAAUGCAUCGUUUUUUUUUUUUUAGCAGAAACAUAACAUGGAUUGUUUCUGUGAUGUGACAGAAACUAUCACUCAUUUUGAGUGAUUGUUAUAUCUCAACUUUUAGUCGUGAUUGUUGAGAUAGUUGAGUUGAGAUUGUUUUGUCUCAGCUUUUAGCUUAUGCGACAUACACAAUCACACAUACCAAACGUUGUAUUCUAAAAUUCAUCAAAUUCGACAAUACAUGUAUAAUAUUAUACAUGCAUUCUCAACAAUACAUCUAUUUAACAAUCGCAACUUCCAAGCGACCCCUUAAAAAAAUUCAUCAAUUCCACAUAUUCUAUAAUUUUGAAUUAUUAUAAUUAAUUUGAAAAAUUAAAAACCCAAAAGUUAUUAAAAAAAGUUAAAAAGAAAAAAAUUUGGGAAAUUACCCAAUAUUCUCUCCAGACAAAUUGGGCAUCCAGAUUCAACGGAAAAAAAUCAAAUUGGGCAUCCAAUUCUUCCCCAAACAACUAACUCUCCAGCCAACCUACUUUUCCCCCAGUUCUCCAUCGUUGCCGUCACACGAACUCUCCAUUGAGGCUCCACCAUUAUAGCAACUGUUCCAACCCCGGCGCCAAACUCCCAGUCCCCACUUUGCCGACAGCGGUGACGACAAGAAAAUUGGUAGGGGCGAAUCGAUGCAGGAAACCCUAGAAAAUCAAUCUCCAAUUAAUUCGCCAAUCACUGUCUCUUCCAAUAUACGAAGAUGGACCCCUUCAAACAAACUCUGUCCAGCUUACAGCAACCGCAACAGCAGGCGACACCUCAGGUUUUGGGGAAAUGGUCACCUACACUGUUCGUCCCGCUCCCGCCGGUGGUGAGUCGGAGGCGGAAUGGUGAGCAUAGUGCUUCCGUGCUGCUGUUGGGGCCAUCCCUCUCCACCUCUUCGACCAUCGCAUCACCCGGAUGAAGAUCCCUCUCCCCACCAGUUGAUGGGCUUUCAAUAUUCAAUCUAACACCCAGAACGGCCAUUGACUGUGUCAGAUUCCACGAAUAGGUUUGUCGCACGAAGGCAGUGGCCAAGCGGUGGUGGCUGCUAGAUCUGGAUUAUUUAAGAAGAGAGGAGAAGGAAUCCGACUAUUGAAUGGGUACCAAUUGAAACUCGUGGGGCAAGAUGGGAUGGCAGAGGAUUUUGCUAGGAUGUGAUUUGUGCGGAACAUGAGGCAGUCGGCGAUAGGGCUGUCAAUUUGGUUUGGUUUGGUUAACCAAACCAUUAAGUAUGAAAAAUCAAAAACCAAAACCAAAACCAUUAAGGCCCUUAUUGGUUUUUCGGUUGCCAAAAACCAAUAAGGACUUUAAUGGUCUUGGUUUUGGUUUGGAUAACCAAAAAAUCAACAUGUACUCAUACGCUCAUAUUUAUUCUCAUUUCCCUCCUUUUUAUUGAAUAAACAUCAUAAUAAUAGUAAAUGGCCAUUACAAAUUAUUGAUUGGCAUGCGUGUCAAAAGAAACAAAAAAAAUAUUUGUUGAUAAAUAAUUUUAUUCUUAUUGGUUUCUAUUGGUUUUUCGGUUUUAACCAAACCAAAACCAUUAAGUUGCUUAUUGGUUUAAAACAGAAAAACUGAAACCAUUAGCUUUCCAAUUGGUUUGGUUUCGGUUAAAACCAAAAAACCAAAACCAAAUGGACAGCCCUAGUCGGAGAAGAGAGAAGAUGGAGGGAUUACGGUGGCAAGAAGGUGAGAGUGAGGGGCUACGGGUUUUUCCUGAAAUUUAUUUUUCAUUUUCACAUUUUUAAUUCAAAAUGGAAAAAAUGAAUAGUAAUAGGUGAAAAUUAAUUGAAAUUUGCUGAGUUGGCUGUGACAUGGCGCGUUGACCGUUAGUCAACGUGUUUGACCGUUCAAGUUAACGGUCAAACGUCGGUUCUGGCCAAAUUAGUUAUUUUGAUGUAUAGUUCGGGCUAUGAUGUUAUAGAUCGAAAAGAUUGGUCAUGAUGUUUAUUUUUGUCAAAGUUCAGGCCAUACAAAUAUAUUAACCCUUUAUUUUAUCCAAACCUAUUGGAAUACUAUUUAUUAACCAAAUGUUAACUCAUCGUUAAAAAUUCUGUUAAUAUUGCUGACUCAACAUUAGGAGUCUGAGUUGGAGCCAACGUGGCAGUCACUAUCCCAUCAUUUUUUUUUAAUUUUAAUUGAAAAAACUAGUUAAAUCAUAAAAUAGAUGAGAAAAUGAAGAAAAAAACUCUUCUCCUGCUUAUUCCCCGACCUUCCAUUCUUCUUCUUCUUCUUCUUCUUCUUCGUACACCCUGACAGAUCGAUGAACCCAACGAGCUCAUAAGACCACCUCCCCCAUCCAUUGAUCAACCCCUUCAUCCACUUCAUAUCACCCUUUGACCGAACAGUCAUUGGUAGAAGAAAAAGGAUGAUGUUCGACGCGACGACGACAGCAUCAGCGAUAGGUGAGAAGUCAUCUCCGCUUUGCCCUAGCUCCGCUCAUCCCUUCAACUUCCUUUUGACGCAAGGCCAACAACAUUCAUCCCACUAUGUCCUUGGGCCCAGUAUGACCAGCAAACCCCGCUGCCGAUGACUCCCAAUUCUCCAAUCGGACUCACUUUCUUAUCCCCAACCUACCUACUCAUCACUGGCUUCGAUUCCCGCCACUCUGCCCCCAUCACCUGUUUCUUUGCGUUCCUCCACAAAGAUCUAACAAAUUCUUUUUGUUUCUAGGUUUUCGGAUCUAACAGAUCCUUUGAUAGAGGAGGCGAUGGAGGAAGGGGAAAGGCAGAGAGCCAAAUUAAAAAUAAAUUAAAAUAUAAAAAUAAAAUUUGAUGAAUUUUGUGAGGUGGAUGAUGACAUGGAUGUUGAGUUGGUCAGUUACAAUACGUUUGGUUAAUAAAUAGUAUUUCAAUAGGUUUGGAUAAAUAAAAGAAUAUGAAAAGG